AUGCUUGACGCGGCAGUGAACAUAAGAGACCUGUGGCCCCCUGCAGCAGCAGCAGCAGCAGCAGCAGAAGCAGCAGCAGCAGCAGAGUGGAAGCCCUGCGGCCUCCUUGCUGCUGCGCUGCAGCAAAAGCUGCUCGCAGCAGGACCUCUUGUGGAGCAGCUGCUGCGGGACCCGCAGGGCCACGAGGUGCGGCUGGUCCCCCCCUACAAUCCCAAGCAGCAGCAGCAGCAGCAGCAGCAGCAGCAGCAGCAGCAGCAGCAGCAACAGCAGCAGCAGCAGCAGCAGCAGAAGCAGAAGAGGAGACCUGGGUGCUACCGCUUCCUGCUGAAGCCCCCCGGGCUGCGCCCGCGGCAGAUAGGCAGGCCCUUCGACACCGCAGAAGAAGCUGAAAUUCGACUGUCUCUACACCGCUGGCAGGUGCAGGUUACAGCUGCGGCCAUCAGGGGAGCAGCAGCGCAGCCCCAACCCUCAGCAGCAGCAGCAGCAGCAGCAGCAGCAGCAGCAACAGCAGCAGCAGCAGCAGCAGCAGCAAUAGCAGAUGAAGAAUCCCGCACCUUUAGAUUUGCUGUUGAGGUACCCCAAGGCGACGCAGAGCCGAAAAUCCUAAACUGCAAAUAUCAAUAUGAACCUGACGGGGAGGACGGCAACAGCUGGAUCUGCAAAGAAGCAAAUUGCUUGUCGCUGCAGCACCUCGCGGACUGCUUCAGCGCCGUGCAGCAACCCCUGACGCAAGAAGAAGUGUUUCAGCUGUACAUACACCUCGGCCGCUCCGGACACCCCCCCUGCGUGGUCAACUUCAUGCAGAGUUUGCUGCAGCAAGACAAGAUGGUGGACACUUUUGCUGCUGCAUGCAGCAGCAGCAGCACCUGCUGCAGCAGCAGCAGAAGCAGCAGCAGCAGCAGCAGCAGCAGCAGCAGCAACAACAGCACCGCGUGGGUUGGCGCCUUCACCGCGUGGGACCAGUACACCAACAAGCGCUACACGAAUGAGGUAAGCACAGGCCUGCUGCUGCUGCUGCUGCUGCUGCUGCUGCUGCUGCUGGAGCUGCAGCAGCAGCAGCAGCUGCUGCUGCUACUGCUGCUGCUUGCAGCAGCUUGUUGCUGCUGCCGGCCAGCGAAGCUCAACAGCUAUAACCAUUCUCCUCACUCUGAACAGCAGCAGCAGCAGCAAAGCAGCAGCAGCAGCAGCAGCAGCAGCAGCAGCAGCAGCAGCAGCGGCAGGCUUCUGGGGCCCUGUGUCUUGCAAAAUGAUGCAGCAACAGAAAGGGCGCAGCCGCACCGCAAAUGGAGGGGCCUCGGCGCCUUUCUGCAGCAGCCUGCUGCUGGCAAACUAACUGCAGCAGCAGCAGCAGCAGCAGCAGCAGCAGCAGCAGCAGCAGGAAUGACAGGUGGUGCUGCAGCAGCAGCAGGCCAGAAACGGACCCAAGAACAGCCGAAUACACCUGCAAAGUACACUAAGGGCGCGCAGCAAGCACGCCAAGCAGCAGCAGCAGCAGCAGCAGCAGCAGACGCAGCAACAGGAAGAGCAGCAGCAGCAGAUGAAGCAACAGCAAGAGCAGCAGCAGCAGCUGCUGCAGCAGCACAUGUUGUGCUUGUCGAUGACGGCUUCGAAGCCACGACACCUAAGGGGGCGCCCCAUAGGUGGCAGCCCCCCAGCAGCAGCAGCAGCAGCAGCAGCAACAGCAGCAGCAACAGCAGCAGCCAGAGCAGCAACAGCAGCGGCAACAACAUGGCUUCUCUCAUGGAGUUCAUAGAGUGCAGCAGCAGCAGCUGCAGCCCCAUAUCGAAGCAGCAGCUGGCGAGGAGACAAAAGGAGAGGGAGACACAAAGCCAAGGACAAAUGAGAAAAGCAGGAAUGGUGUCAGCAGCAGCAGCAGAACAAGGACAGGGCUGCAGAGGGCCUAGGCGCCUCGCAGAAGCGCAUGAGCUGGAGGAGCAGCAGUAA